AUGACGUUCAUAUCAGGAAAUGAUAACAAUGGAGGAUCGGAGACUAUUGAGGAAAGGAAGUUGAGGAAAAGAAAGCAGAAUCGCGAAAAUCAAAAAGCGCGCAGGCUGCGGCUGAAGUCCACAAGACCAUCCGACACAAAACUUCAAGAUCCAUAUCGUAUACAUUCCUGGCGGCUAGAAGCCACGCGAAGAGAACCAACUAGGCAAUCCAGCAAGCCGGACACGACUCCUUCUGAAAGUCCCAAAUCCUCGGACGAAUUCGACUCCGAGUUUCAAUCAAUUCUGGAUGAGUGUUCAGGCUCCCAAAUAGUCUCGAGAACAUUAAAAUCAUUCCUCCAGCCGGAGCGUUCUAUAUCAGCCGACCACCUACUCCGCCUCGUACAUUGGAAUGUAUUUCGAGGACUAUUCGACAACAAAGUCACUCUCGGAAACUCAGUUGUGGCACUAAGAUCAUCAUCCAGUCACAUCAAGAGUUUGGAGGAUGUCUUUUCCCAAUAUUCACUAAUCAUCCCGAAGGGGAGCCUCCCUCCUUCUCUCGAAUUGACACAAAGCCAAAUGAGUCUCGUGCAUCCUACAUGGAUCAAUUUGCUUCCAUUUCCUAGGAUGCGGGAUAACUUGAUCCGCUGGGAGGCAUACUUUGAUCAUCAGGACUUCAUCAGAGACUUGAUAGGUAAUUUGCUAGACCCAGUGAUGAUCUCCUCGCAAUCCCCGAUGCCGCCCCUUGCAAAAAGGAAUGUGGUGCCUCGCAAACUUGACAUCAUCUUCAAUGAUGAUCUUGAUGAAAUCAAUUCCACACGGAAUGGUUUCGUUCUAUGGGGAGACCCCUUCAGAGAGGAAAGCUGGGAGGUAACACCGGGUUUCUUGCGAAAGUGGCCAUGGGCAGUCGAGGGAUGUGAGAAACUGAUACAAUCAACCAAUCGAUGGAGAAUGCUGCGCGGCGAUAAGCCUAUACUAAUAAUGAACAUCGCUAAGAACGAACCUGACGACUGUACAUGGGGUUCCGAAGCUGGUCAAAGCGCAAUAUAA